GCUGCCGUAUUGAAAGGGAUUGGGAAAUUGAUGUGCAGUACAUCGAUGCCUGGCGACAUGAAACUCCUUAGUAGUAUUUUCCUGGCACUGCUUGUAUGGUCCAUUCACCAGGAGACAGGAGCUUUCGACUUGUCCGGCCCAAAAACCUACCAGGUUCUGAUAGGAUCUGACGUCGUCCUCAGGUGCACCUUUAUUGUGGACCAGCUUCCUGUAGACACAAAAUUUCUAGCCAUACAUUGGUUUUUCAUGGGUAAACAGGUUCUAACGUAUGACAACGUGCUAAACGUUUCUCGGCUGGGACUGUCCAUGGACCUCCAGGCUGCUCUUAUGGGGGAUGCAUCUCUGAGAAUAUCAAAAGUGAAGAUUUCAGACAAAGGUGUAUAUAAGUGUCUGGUCGUAUACAGCCCUCACUCCAAGAUGAAGGAGAUUACGCUGGACGUACAAGCUCGUCCAUCAGUGAAAGUAGUUGCUAAAUCUGUGAGUAGAGAUGAAGAGAACAUGCUGCAUUGCUCCAUCACCGGAUUUUACCCCUUGGACAUCACCAUCGCCUGGCUCUGGGGGGCUGAGGCCAUAGACACGUAUGUAACAUACAAGCCUCAUAGACAGGAGGAUGGCACGUACAGUGUGAACAGCACAGUGGUCAUAAUCCCCACCGAUGACAACUGGAAUGAGACUAUUACCUGUAAGGUCACUCACCCGUCCGUGCAGUAUUCUCUCCUGGAAACUUUCCGGCUGACACUGAGAGAAGGGUCUCUGGACUCGUCUUGUGUCUCCAUCCUAAGUCUACUCAUUGGGGUCCCAAGCGCUGUCUUCCUGGUGGCCGCACUGGUGACAUGCUGGAUAUGGAGGACGCCAGUUUGUAGACGAGAGCCCCAUGCGGACGACGAUGAUGAUGAUGAUGAAGAAGCACCCCGUCCUUCACAGAACAGACAUUCACGAUGCAGCCAAAUGUUUUGCCGAUCUACAGAAGAAGAAAUAUCUGCGUCAACAGAGAAAAAUUCUUUAAGAAUGUCACAAGACGAAAGACCUUCACCUCCAGUGCCACCACGAUCAGGAUGUUAA